AUUGAAUAUUGGAUGGACCUUGAAAAGUCGUGCGAUUUCAAGCCUGAUCUCGUGAUGAGUUGUAAUUCCAGUGAAGGGUCUUCAGAGAGCGAUCGGGAAGGGAAAAAAUGUUGCAAAAAAUCAAAGACGAAGGAGAAUAAUGAAUUGAUGGAAGUAGAUGGGUUGGAAUACAAAAAUGAGGUUUACAUUCUCGGUCGAUCUCGUCCACUUGAGGAUGACGAAGAGCUAGUUAUGGAUAAAAGUGCUUAUAGAAUGUUUUUCGAAUUAGAAGUGGAGUCUCCAAGUCUCAGUUUUGAUAUUCUAACGGAUAACCUUGGUUUUGAUCGCUGUGUUGAAGUUAAUGGUGAGGCUCACAGUGUUUGCCUCAUAUCGGGUACUGAGGCACCUAAAGAUAAUCAAAACAAACUUGUAAUCAUGCGUCUGUCCAAUAUGUUGCCGUUCAAAAGAAAGGAUUCUAAUGGAGACACGGAUUCUGAUUCAGAGGACGAAAGUGAUUCUGAAGGAGAUCUUGAUGCGGAACCUGAUGUUGAGGCGGCUACUAUCCUACAUCAAGGUACAGUUAAUCGAGUCCGGGCCAGACAACAUAGAGGUCGAUACCUUGCUGCAUCCUGGUCAGAAAAUGGAUUGGUAUUCAUAUGGGAUUUAACCAGACCCCUUACAGCUGUAAAUGAUUCAGCUGUCAUGGCUGAUUAUGUACGUCACAAUGAAUCUCCUUCACCCUUAUUCACAUUUAAUGGUCAUGGUUCAGAAGGUUUCGCUUUGGACUGGGGUACUCAUACGAAUUCUUCUGGACAUUUAGCUACAGGAGAUUGUAAUGGUCGUAUUUAUCACUGGACACCUAGAUCUUCUGACUGGGCUGUAUCAAAUAGAGCUUAUUUAGGUCAUACAGAUUCAGUUGAAGAUAUUCAGUGGUCCCCUACGGAACCAACUGUAUUUAUCUCUGUUUCUUCGGAUCAUAGUAUACGUGUUUGGGAUGUUCGCGCACCAAUAUCGAGUGGAAGCAUGCUUACAGUCCCAGAAGCCCAUCCAGCUGAUAUAAAUGUUGCUUCUUGGAAUAAGUUGCAAGCUCUUAAUUUGCUAACGGGGGGAGAUGAUGGAACUUUAAGAAUAUGGGAUUUACGAUUAGUUCACAGUUGCUACAGUGGCAAAAAGUCAAACUAUGGAUCUGUACCUGCUUAUACGCACUUAUUUGAUCCACGUAUAUGUCGAAUAUAAGCUGUUAUAGUCGCAAUCAGUAAGUUAAAUAAUUUUGUUAUCUCAUUUAACUUGUAUUGGAUUUUCGGUGUGGUAAACAUAAUGUUGUAUUUUUAAGAUAGUGUGUUGAUAUUAGAGGACUGACAUUUUGACUUGCGAAUCGUUAAAAAUAAUCUAAUAGUCACUUGUAAAAGACUAAACGGUAAAGCGAUGGGUAAAUUCUGGCAUAUAACCGAGUUUUAAAUAAUAUUAGUAUAUUACUAAGUCUAAGUGAUUAUUUUCUAGAGAGUUAUCACGUAGGUAUAAUUUGCUCUUUAGUGACACAUACAAGGUAGUCAACGUAUAAAGUUCCUCAUGUUAGUUUCUUACUGCUGACUGAGCUUCGGUUGGAAUCGAACCGUGUUAAUUGACUCCAAAUAACUUCUUUUGAGACACAAUGUAAACCAUUCCAGUCAAACGAAUUGAUUUAAUUUAUACCACGUACAUGAGUUAUACUAUAAAUCAAUUACUUUGUGAGGGAUAAUUGUAUUAUCAGGUUAUAAAAUCACACGAUAGAACUGUGAACUCGUUGCACUCAGAUCUAAUCAACGUAGAGCCAGAGUCAAACGUACGUUAGCCUAACUCUCUCAGCACGACAAGAUAAGAGUAACAAGAUGAAUGGCAAAAAAGUUGGAAGAAUUGCAGUUACGAUAAAAUUAAGAAUAUGGUUUGAGCAUAAGUAAUAAAAAGGCGCGCAUGAAAAAGUACUGAAACCCAAGAUUUAGAGAAAAAUAAUGAAUAAAUGUGGGUCGUCCUGAAUGGUUUUGAGCUGUUUGACCCAACGUCCUCAACCACUGACCACACAACCCCCACUUACAUCUGUAUAUGCUGACGUGACUUAGUCUAACAGUCAAUGACUUUUAUGGCCUGCAGGUAGAUUUCUUGAGUUAGUCCUAUGACCGUGAAACACAGUCUUGGCGUAGGUGUAGUCGAAACAGGUAAACUGUGUAGUUAAUCGUUACUUGUUUCAAACGAUAUUAAGGAAUGCAGCAAAUGAAAUCAGUGGAAAAAUCAUUUUUGUCUAUAGAAAAAUUAAAAUUUCGUGAUUGACAAUUAAGCAGAAUAUGACCGCCUGUAGACCGAAUUGAGUCUACGUGGUAAGCGUUUAACUUAAAUAUUAUUGGUUGAUUCAUUUAUGAGCAUAAUUUAGAUAAUGCAUUCUCCACUAGUAGACUGUACAUUCUGUCUGAAAAGUAUUAUUAAUCCACUCAUGGAAAGUCACGGUUUUAUUUCUUUUACACGGAUUCGCAUUAGCUACCAUCACGUUAAGUUUACUUUUGAUAUCUACUAAAUUAUUUUGUUGUAAAAUCCCAGUGUCAAUUGUUGUUGUCAUAAUUAUAUUAAGAUGAUGUAUUUUGGUUUGUCUUGUAGUACCACAAGAAACCAAUCACAUCAGUGGAAUGGCAUCCGAAUGACGCUGGAGUGUUUGUAGCUACAUGUGAAGACGAUCAAGCUACAUUCUGGGACAUUAGUUUAGAACAAUCUGAACAAGAAUUAAAACAGUCGAAUGAAUCAAGUUCAAAUCAUGAGGCAGAUGAAGAAGAUUUAGGCAUACCAGUUCAAUUGUUAUUUGUUCAUGGUGGUCAAACAGAAUUAAAGGAAGCACACUGGCAUCCACAAAUACCAGGACUAGUAUUUACAACAGCAUUAAAUGGCUAUAAUGUCUUCCGUACUUGUAAUAUCUAAAAUCAUCAGUAUUACCUUACGCCGUGUAAAUACAACGUGUCUUUCGUCGUUCAAUUACUCCAUAACCUUUUUUAUAAAAUAAUCUGAUGAUACUGUGACCUAGUUCGUUCGAAACCAAUUUCUUAAAGGCUGAGUAUGCUUCACCAGAAUACAACAAAUUUGUAUACAAUGAUAUCGAUUUUAAGCGUGGUCAACGUAUCUUAAGUUUCGUUAUAUACUACAAACAAUUAGUCUGAAGUAAUAUACAAUCUAGAUGUACGUUGGUGUGUGACUUUUCAGAAGUCCCUACAAAUGUGUUAGAUGUCUAUGAAAUGAAAAUCAAUUACCUUCGAGCGAUCCAACCAACAAAAUUUAUUAUUAGGUUUGUUUCAAAAUAAUGUUUACUGUUAUUUGGUGGUAAAAUAUGACGACAGAAAAAUACAAACGCACUUCGAGAGAUUGUUGGUAAACAAUGUACUUUUCACUUUCUUGUCUAUAACUCCGUACAAUCUGUACUAAGCGUCUAGAAUAUUUUCCCUUCAUAUGGUUUAUUUAUAACAAAAACUAUAGUCUUUGGUUUAGAGGCGAGGUCAGUUAUCUUAAGAAUACUGGACACUGUAGCCUUCAUAAAAAUAUGAAAGUCAGUUUGUGUAUGUGUAUAAAUAUCCUUAAUUCCAGGAAAAUAUGGAGAUCGGUCUCACUAGUGUGAAGUGAUAAGCUAUAGGCCUUCAGAAACUCAAUCGUUAGGUUACUGAAACAGAUGAGAGAAUUUGUAUGUUUGAGUGUUACUAUCGGUUGUAGAAAGAGCGGUGCCUGCUGCGUUAGUACUUGUGAAAUCUGACUAUGAACAAUGAUAGCGAUCAUUUAUUGAUUACACCACGGGGGUGCUGUUGUGAAAUGACAACGGCAGCAAAUCCGGAUGAAAUCAUUUAAACAACCGGAACUGUGUUAUGGUAUGGAGAUUGAGGUUAGCCGGGAUAAAUAAAGUAGCAACAAAUUAAUGGUUUAAUAAUAUCGAAUGAAAGGUAAACGUGUAAAGUGUCUGAAGUGCAAGCCCAAUGGAAAAGCUGUGAUAACUUCCUUGAGUUUUACUACCGAAUAAAAUUACAUUAUUUUGAAUUAUGACUAGCAAUGGAAUUCAAGACGGACGUUCUAUCCUAAGACCCAUUCGUUGGAUGCGCCUAAAUCCUGGUGUUGAUGUUCACCUUCAACACAAAGCGGGUAGUUCCGGGUGAAGAGUCCCUAACAAGUGGAGAUGAGUGUCUUGGAUUUCACUGCUAUAACUGACAUAUAUCGAAGCAUCCCUGAUGUUGAUACGACGUUGAAUAAUCCAACCCUUGCAAAUAAUCAUUACAAUUUUUGCUCAUGUUCUUGAUGCUUCUAAUUCAUACAGAUUGAUUGUAGUGUAGUGGACGCUACUCACAAGGAUAUUCGUCAGUAGUGUUUAUCGGAAUGUGGCGUCGAAGUUGUAAAAUUGUCGGACCGAGUUUCAGUGCAUCAAAAGCACGGUGUUUGCAGAACACCUGGAGGCCAGCCGAGAAGACAGUUCAGAUUGCAGAACACAUCGGAAGAUGCAUAUAGACGAUUGAAAGCUAUAUGUAUUAUGUAAAUACUUUGUAACUUCUCGCAAUAAAUGUAUAUACCUUCUGCC